UCUCUCUUAUCUUGCUCUCUCUGUUCCUUUCUCUGCCCCUCCCUCUCCCAUCCUCACCCUGACCACUGGAGCAGCAUGAGGAUGGACUUUAAAUACCUGAAGGAGUACCUGGGCUGGCUGUACUACCAGUACCUGCUCAUCACAGGCAUAUAUGUGCUUGAGCCCUGGGAGCAGUCCAUCUUCAACUCUGUCCUCUUCUCCUCCAUGGCCAUGGUCAUCUACACCUCCUACGCCUUCGUGCCUGUACACGUGCGUCUGGCACACAAGUUCUUCUCCGGAAUCUGCGGGGAACAGCCAGAGAGCACCAUGGCACUCAUAAACUAAGCAGUGGAUGGAUGGGAUGGAUGGCAGGAAGGAGAUUGGGAAUGAGAAGGGAGGACCCCCUAUCUAAGAUGUUGACAUUUGACCUUGACCUCACUUGACUCGAUGGCUGUCUGACCUCUCAGUUCUCUCUCACCACCCUCUCACCAUACAGUCACCCACUACUCCCACAAUCCACAAUACUCUACUACCUACUCAGCAAAGGAAGGCUGAGUUUAGGAUGUUUCCCCUUACCCCUGGUAUUAUACUAUACAUCACUGUACGCUACUUUCACACCUUUGCUGUGAAACGCCUUGUUUUUUCCAGAAAUAUGAAAUGUGGUUUGUUCUUUUUUAUUCUCCUCACUCUGUAAUAGUGUGAAUGCAUAUCACAUCUCUGUGUUUUGCGUUUGCCUGCAGGUAAUGCCACUUAUCUCUGACUGUUGACGGCUGUCUGAUAUAGGGUGAGACAUUACCGAUCACAAUACAUUUACAUGCACUUAAACCCACUGGACAAUGCUAAUGAUGACUGACUGCACUGGAGUGAUUGACUGCACUCCAAUUACUGAGUCAUAAAGCAAAUCUUUCCUAAGCCUAGUCUCCUGCUAUACAACGUAAUCAGAGACAUUGAGACCAGGCAAAGAUUACAAGGUUUUUAAAUUUUCCUCCCAACCCUAAAUAUGUCUGAUGAUUUGUCAAUGAAUACAUUGAUCAAACUGAACAAUCAUAUCCUUGUGUGCACAGCCCUGUCCCCCAUCCACAGUGUUUUUACUGUUGCUAUGCUUGGCAAGAGGAAAUAUUAGCUCUCUGGUUCAGGCUUUGUUUUGUCAUUCACUUAAGGACCUUCUGAUUUAGUCUGUAUAUGAUUUGUAACUAUAUUUAUAUUGAUAUUUAUAUGCACUGGUAAAGCUUGGCUGGUUACAAUGUAAAUUACGAAAACAAUUUGUUUUCUCUUGUGGCCAUGUACAGUACAUUCAGGAAGUAUUCAGACCCCUAGACUUUUUCCACAUUUU